AUGACCGACACUUUAGAGUCUAUGUGCAAGCUCUACAUUGGGAAGAUCAUUCGACUACAUGGAAUUCCGGUAUCUAUCGUGACAGAUCGUGAUCCACGAUUCACCUCUCGAUUUUGGGAGAGCCUGCAAGAAGCUCUUGCUUGUAUGUCCCUUUCAACGUUUCUGCCUUCUUCAGCGUCUCUGCAACUUUCACGUGAACCUCAUCUACACCAGUCCUUCAGAUUCAUCACGGGCGGCUUCUCUGUAUCAAACAUCCGUACUUCAGAUUCAUCACGGAUGGAUGUAAAUAAUUCCGAUGACAAUGAGAACAGCAAAAUGUGGACGCCUAGAAUUGAAACGAAAUUAAUAAAUAUGUUGAGAGAUGAGGUGUUAAGGUGCGCCAAAACUGAUUACCAGACAUUUAAGCGACUCCAGACACAGACUGGUCUGGGAUGGGAUCCUACUAUAGACACUGUUGUUGCACUCGAUGAAUUUUGGGAUAAGGCUAGCAGAAAUGUGAAGAGGUUUAGGACAAAAAGGUUUGAAUAUUUUCAAAAAAUGGGAGAAAUUGUUGAAAAUUGUUGUGCCAUAGGGGCCCUGUCUCGUGCAUCCACACAAGGAUCCCUUGACUCAGAAGCAGAAGAUGACAUGUUAAAUAAAUUUUGGAACGCUGAUGCUGGUGGGAGUAAUGCUGGUGGGAGUAAUGCUGCUGAGGCCAUUCAUGUUGACUUAUUCGGGGAUGAGUAUAUGGAUCUAGCAAAGGGCAAAAGUCACAAGAGGGGCCCUGCAACCAGCCAGACUGACAGUGGUCGUUCUAAAAAGUCCCGGUCAAGUGGGUUUGAUGAUGUGUGCGCAGCUUUCACAUCUUAUGUACAAGCCAAAACAGGACAUUCACGUGCACGAGAAAAUGAGACUGAGGCUGUAAGUGCAGGUGGUGAUGAUUAUUCCCUUGAUGCAUGUCAAGAUGCAUUGCUAGAGCUUGGGGACAUACCACCGUUGCAGUACGUUAGGGCACUGACACUGUUCAAGGAUAAGGAAUGGCGAAGACAAAACCAUAUGGCAUCCGAUAGAGAAAACAAUACAAUGGAGCUCUCAUCAGAGGAGGAUGAGGUUGUUGAUGAUUUUAUGGAUUUUUUGAUGAUUGCUUUAAUGCAUGACCAUAUCAACGCGUCAAGUAGCGCUCAUGAUAAUGCUAUUCUGGUUGACUCUAUUACACGAGCUGAUCUACAGUUCCCACACUCACUCAAUGGUAAGUACUAUUUAGUUGAUGUUGGUUUCACGAACAUGCCUGGAUUUCUUGCCCCAUUUCGGUCUCAACGGUAUCACUUGCAAGAGUUUCACGGCCAUCGUUAUGCAGGACCUAAGGAAUUGUUUAACCAUCGACAUUCGUCAUUACGCAAUAUCAUAGAAAGAACAUUUGGUGUUUUGAAGAAGCGCUUCCCAAUAUUGCGGUCCAUGCCAAAUUACAAGUCUACACGACAAGGGCCUCUCGUGAUUGCAUGUUGUGUAGUGCACAAUUGGAUCCGUUUGCAUGCAGCUGUGGAUCCAUUCUUUAUGGAAGCUGGUAAUGAAAUGGUCGCAGAAGCAGAAGCAGAAGCAGAAGCAGACGGCCUUGUUGGAGACCAAGCUGACUAUGUUGACAUGUCACAACAUGGGUUAACAUCCCAAUCGAACGUUAGGGAUGCAAUUGCUACUGCUAUGUGGCAAAAUCAUGUUCACCAUUAA